CAAGAUGGCGGCAGGAUUGAAAAGUUGUUGCCGCGGCGGCGGUCGCGGCGCUUGAGUCUUCCGUGGGCGGCCAUGGCGGCGCAGUGAGGGCCGAGGGGACCCGGGCGGGGAGAUGCCUCGGGGCCCCGCCUGAGCCAUGGAGGAGGAAGGCAAGAGGGGCAAAAAGUCUGUGUGCCCUGUGCUGGCAUCCGGAAAGCGUUGCAGAUGUGAGAGGAGGGCAGAUACGUAAUGUCUACUCAUGAUGAAUCCUGGAAUAGUGUCCCCUUUCAAGCGCGUCUUCCUGAAGGGUGAAAAGGGCCGGGACAAGAAGGCCCAGGAGAAGGUGACGGAAAGGCGGCCGCUGCACACUGUGCCGCUCUCCCUGCCGGACCGUGUGGAACCAGACGUCCUCUUGAACGAUUACAUUGAGAAGGAAGUGAAGUACUUAGGCCAAUUAAGCUCUGUCCCAGGGUACCUGAACCCCUCCAGCCGAACCGAGAUACUGCAUCUGAUAGACAAUGCAAAGCGAGCGCACCAGCUUCCAGGCCAGCUGACCCAGGAACACGAUGCCGUGAUCAGCCUCUCGGCCUACAACAUCAAGCUGGUGUGGCGGGACGGUGAAGAUAUCAUACUCAGGGUCCCCAUCCACGACAUCGCGUCCGUCUCCUACAUCCGCGACGACUCCUUGCACUUGGUGGUGUUGAAAACAGCUCAGGACCCCGGGAUCUCCCCCAGCCAGAGCCUUUGCACCGACAGCUCGAAGGCGCUCACGUCAGGGUCGCUCUCGGAGAGCGGGGUGGUCCCCAUCGAAGCUUGCUGCCUGGUAGUCCUGGCUGCAGAGAAUAAAGUCACGGCAGAGGAACUCUGCUCCCUUCUCAGCCAAGUCUUCCAUAUUGUUUACACGGAGUCUACCAUUGACUUCCUGGACAGAGCAAUAUUUGACGGUGCCUCCACCCCGACACGACACCUCUCCCUGCACAGCGAUGGCUCUUCUACGAAAGUGGAUGUGAAAGAUUCCUACGAAACCGAAGCGAGCACUUUCUCCUUUCCCGAGUCCUUGGAGACCGGGGGCAACUCGCCUUCCUCCUUCUCGGCACAGACGUCUCCCCACGCCAAGACCGCCAGCGAGAGCGAGCUGAGCACCACCGCGACGGAGCUGCUGCAGGACUACAUGAUGACGCUGCGAACGAAACUCUCCUCCCACGAGAUCCAGCAGUUUGCAAUGCUCUUGCAUGAGUACCGCAACGGGGCGUCCGUCCACGAGUUCUGCGUCAGCCUGCGACAGCUCUACGGGGACAGCCGGAAGUUCCUUCUCCUUGGCCUUAGACCGUUCAUCCCCGAAAAGGACAGCCAGUACUUCGAGAAUUUCCUCGAGACCAUUGGGGUGAAGGACGGGCGGGGCAUCAUCACUGACAGCUUUGGGAGGUACCGGCGGGCGGUGAGCACGGCGUCCAACUCCACGACCAACGGCAACGGAGCGGCGGGGAGCUCGGACGAUCAGUCGGUGCCCUCGGAAGGCGACGAGUGGGACCGGAUGAUCUCGGACAUCAGCAACGACAUCGAGGCCCUGGGCUGCAGCAUGGAUCACGACUCCUCCUGAAGGCGCGGCGGGAGCGCAAGGGUGGCCCCCCCCUCGCGGGCGCCCCGUCACUCGCUCGCGGGCUCUUCCUGGAUGGUGGCGGCAUUCUCGCUCCAGGCGAAGCGGGAAGGGGGCGAGCCCGAGAGCGCUGCUUUGCCCGCCUUUUCCAGCGGCUGUUUGCGGUACCCACCUCGGGCUCGUGGCCGAUGGCCCCUGCUGUGAAGGAGCGCGAGCAGGGGAGCCACGGAAGCGGAACUGGACUGGCCUUGAACAGAGAGCGCCUGGCCACAUCGCCGGGCGCCCGUCUGUUUUCUUGCUGGGGGCUGAAUUGGGGGGGGGGGGGGAGCAGCCAUGGAUCCGAGAAGAAGAGCCUGGGUCUUGCUGCACAGACCGCCAGCCCACCCAGGGACCCCACGGACCGGGGGUGGCUUUGCACAUGACAUUUCUAACCCUUUUUUAAUGAACGGCGUCACAAUGUGAAUAACUUAAUAUUGCGUGUGUCUGUCAUCACAUUUCCGAGCCCAGUCAGGAGAGGGCCUCAGCUGUGGAGCGGGGCGCAGCCGCUCGCAGCCUCCCGGCGGGGUGCCACGGCCUCCCUGGCUCCGCGGAGCCCGGCUGCCCGAGCCCACGCUUCCACGCCGGCCGGCUCCCGAGCACAGCGCACAGGCGGUAGCCUCUCCCAGCCCCAAGGAUGCGAGUGCGUGUUUGGUGUGGCGUGUGGGUCCCUGCAGAAUACAGUGGUGCUACUGCCCCCCACCCCCGGGGGCAUUGGGUGAGUCCGAAGGUGGCGUCGCAGGCGGUCCCGACGGGGCGGGCAGCCCCGCCCCCACAAAGCAGCCGGUACAGCCCCCGCGGCUCGCCUGGCACUGGCCACGGCUGGUACGGCUUGCCUGGAACGAGAGCGGGCCGGCGGGUGUCCCGUGCCGGACGUGGCACUCUCCCACGCGGGGGAGACCGCUGCCGGGGGGUUUGAGGCCCACCCGGAUCGAUUCCGCCGCUGCUCCAGCGUGAAGGGUGGACGGACCUGUUGAGUUGGGAGUGGCUUGGUUUUUAGAGGCGCAAGGAGUGGAAGAAAUGUAUACAUACUGUAUAUGCGUUGUAUAUAUUAUACAUAUAAAAUGCACAGUUAUUUUUGUAUGUGUAUUUCAUGCCACGAAAUCUCUGCUGGCUCCUAUAAACUGACCGGUGCGCUCUUUGGCUCUCCGAGUGGGAGUA